AUGGGUGCUAUCAACCUCCAUCUUGAGCUCGUGUUUGAUGACGGCAUUAGCUGGAUGGCAAGACUGAAACGUCGUAAUACUUCCACUCCACCAGCAGCGGUACGACCUUAUUUGAUUAGGAGCGAAGUCGCAACUUAUUCUUUCUUGAAGAAGGAAACCAAAGUUCCUGUGCCAGAGGUUUUUGCGUAUGCCCUGGAUUCGAACAAUCCAGUGGGAACGGGGUACAUAUUGAUGGAGACGAUCAAAGGGAAGAAUUUGCUUUCAGCUUCACCUACGAACGGACAGUUGAGUAAAGUUUUGGCUCAAUUGGCCGAAGUCUACCAGGAACUUUACCGGCAUCCAUUUCCACUUAUGGGGUCUCUAGAUACUCCUGGAUCGACAAAUAUUGGUCCUGUCCUUCACGACUUGAUGGCGGAUCUGGCUCUCACAAUUAAUGGGGGCCGCAAUACUCGACAACUUGUCGCCUUUCCGGGACCUUUUAUCAAUCUGAAGGAUUACUAUUGUGCACUAAUUCCUCGCAUUCUCCAUUUGAUUGUUGUGGGAGAACUAUACCCAUUCUGGGCUGUUGAUGCCUUCCUUAUUCACAGGUUCCUUUUCGAUUUAUUGGGGCAGUGGUCGGAGGACAUACAGGAAACUGGGAGGUUUUAUUUGCGCCAUUUUGAUGACAAGGGUGAUCAUAUUAUGGUUGAUGAAGACUUCAACAUCACCGGUAUAAUCGACUGGGAGGGUGCAUACACAGCCCAAAAGACGGAGGCAUUCACAUCACCGAUAGCCCUUUGGAACCCCGAAGAAUUCUUUUCCGAGAGAAAAACACUCAGUAAUUCUGAGCUUGAGUUCGCGCAGCUUUUGGAUGAUUCUAGUCACGGGCGCGCGGACCACCCCACUAAUAUUAAUCUUGGUGAUUGCGUUCGGUUGGGGAAGAUCUUCCAGAGGUUUCGGAUUUGCGUUGGUUAUACCCUCUAUGACGAGGACGUGGAAAACUACAGAAAGGCGUUUAUGGGACUUCUGAGGGAAUUUUCUAUACACCAUGAGGGACCCUGGGAGGAGUGGAAAGCCUUUGCUCUCAAAAAAUAUUCGGGGGAUGAAAAAUUGGCCUGUUUGCUAAAAAGGGAGGGUUGA